CGAAGUGCGUCACGUCUUUGUUGAUUUAAUGAAAUCUGAUUGGGGUGUUCCUUAUAUUAACAUCCUUUACUUCAUUUAUUACUAGGCGGCAACUGGAUUCACUGAAUAGCAGAAAUCAUACUGAAAUCGAACUAAGUAAUGAAGAACCCGACUUCGUUAUCAAAAUGGCUAAUCCUUUAGUCAUCUCUUCUAGCACUUUAGCAUUAAGAGUAUUAAACAUAUGUUUAUUACAUAAAAGCCUACCAAAGCUAUUUAAUGUAAUUGAACAAGCAAAACAAUCAGUAGAUUUUGGAAAUAUUAACUGCAAAGACUAUUCUUAUGCAAAAUUUUUGAUUUUCUUAAUAAUAAUGCUUUCUGUACCUUAUCAAUUGUAUACCGCAUAUAUGCAGUAUAAUUUUAACGAGAAACAUAACGUCUUAAAAUAUAUAAUACUUACUUUCAACCAUUACAAUAACUUUUCUGCUGUUUGUUUGGAAACGCAAUUUUCAUAUCUGUGUUACAUAUUAAAAAACCGAUUAGAGAUCGUGAAUGAGCAUCUACGACGGAAUUAUGGGAUAGGCAGUGUUCACUUGAAUAUCAAGAAGUCUAUUGCGUCGUGGAACUAUCACCAACAAGCUCACCUAAAAUCAAUAGUAGACUUACGGGAAUGUCACCACAAACUUUGUGACUCCUGCAGUCUCUUAAACAAACUUUACAGUAUUCAGCUUUUGGUUUCGUUAACUGCAUGUUUGAUUAAUACACUAUUAAAUUUCUAUUUUGCCAUCUAUGGAGGAUUCGUUAAUACAAACCCAACUACAGUACAUAAUAUUAUUACGCAGACUAUAUGGGGAUUAUAUUAUGUUGUUAGAUUUGUUGAUAUAUGUGCAUCGGCGGACAGGUUAGCAAAAGAGGCAACUCUAACGAAUAUAUUAUUAUGCGAUCAAUUAGCCCAAUGUAACGACCGAAGCUUAAAGGAUGUGCUGUGGACCUUUCAUGCGUAUACAGUUUCCAAUGAAGUAAAAUUUACUGCUAUGGGCUUCUUUAAAAUUGAUUUAACUCUAAUAUCUUCGGCCGUUUCGGCUGGUACGACAUACCUGGUGAUACUAGCGCAAUUCCAUGGGCAAAAACAAAAGAUUACGCAAACUUAGGAUUAACGGAACCUUUCGAAAUAGAAGCAUUUAAUUUAAGUAUAAAAAUCUUAUUCAUAUUGUUUACUAAAGCAUCAUAGAAUGAGUAAGUUAGAUUUUUGUGAUCUGGGUAAUAUAUACAGGGUGUUUUAUAUAUGGCCAGGUAUCAUAACUUUUCGCUCCGAAACAAUUUUAUUGGAAAUUCAUUAAACUUUUUCUUCUCCAAUUUGACACUUUAUAGCAAAAAGUGUUAAAGCAAAAAGUUGUGGAAUCAUAGCGAGACUAUUUGUAACUUCUGAGAUGUUUAAAAAGAAAAACGUCGUUUUUUCCUAGCUAUAGAAGUUACGAAUCUUUUUUUUUUCAACCUUGUUUUGAUAACCGAUUUUUUUAUUUAAACCCUUAUGGAUUAUUCAUUGCUGAGAUAUCUUACCUCGCUACCCUUAAUGAAACAUCCUCUAUAUACAUUUACCUGUUUCUAAAUUCUUCGUAAAACUUACAUACAACGCAC